CUCUGGCGCGGUGUUGCUCGUAUUCACGCAUGUUCAUUUGGCUGUUUUAUUGGGUUUUAUUGUUAAUUGUUCAGCUCGGCCGAUCUUAAACGUGCUUCAUAGACAGAGCUGAGAGCUGUUAAACAGAGAGCCUGGUUUGCCUGGUGAAAUAGUUUUGACAGUUCAGGUCGUUGUGCUUGAACCACAGCUCUGUCAGUUCUCUCAGCGUGGGGUCGUAAAUAGUGCGUGCAGCGGAGGGGUAAAAAUUCAGACGUGGUGCGGGGUUUUUUUUUUUUUUUGCCAAAACCAAACAAGACAGCUUACGAAGUUGACAAAAUCGCACACGUGGAAUGAGAAUAAAAACUUGCGUUUGUGCACUGACGCUUGACAUGGUUUAAUACAAAUAUGUACGCAUGCGAUCAUUUCACCCCGCCAUUCAGCUUAUUAUUUAAAACUAGCCUUAAAGCUGAAACUGCGCUCUCAUUCGCUCUCGUUGUUUUGGUAUUUGAUCUUGUUGUCCUGUGAAAGCUCUGUACAUUGUGUUCUAGUAUGGCUCACGUCAUAAGUUUAGAGAUUUUUAUGAUUCGGUUUGUACAGUUAUUCAGUUUGCAGAUUUGCGAUUUAGUUUUUUUGUAGCAAAGAUAAUAUCCUUUCAUUGAUACUUUCACAAUUAUUAUUGUUAUUGGUUUGGCAAACAACGAACAUAUUUAAAAACUAGUUUAGAGCUUUGAAUUGUUACAUUUCAUUGAUCUCUAAAAAUGUGUUUCAGUUUUUAUUGAAUUACUUGGGGGUUUGGCAGCCCAAUGCAAGAAAGAAAGUUUACAGCCUUCUGCAGUUGCUGUCACUUUGUAACAGCAUGGGCGUAUCAGUCCAUGUUUCUCUGUAGUCAUUCUUGCAUAUAUCGCUUAUUUAGGGGUACUUUUAUUUGUCACCCAGUUUAAGUGUUAUUAUAAUACAAUGUUUUUCUAAAAUAAACUUCUGCAUAGCACGUACAUAGAAAAUAAAGACUUAUAAAAUGGAUUUGAAAAUAAUAGUAAUACAUAAUAAAUCGACUAUAUUUAAAGUGGUGUUUGGCAUUAAGCGAGUGUCUGCUCAUAAAUCUGUGCCUGCUGUUUAAAUGUUAUGGAUAGGUCUCUAUUCCUGGAGUAAGCACAUUUAUAGGCGUUCAGUUACAUGGGGUAAACGCAUUAAAUAAGAUUUAACACUUAUUACGAAGGGUUAAAUAAGGAGAGUACGGAGUGUAAGUACACUCAUGCGAGUGCCUUUUGUCAUAGUAACACUUUUCAGAGUUCGUGAUAAGUUGACGUUCUGUUUAUGAGGUCAAGGUGAUUUAAGAUCAUGUAAUGUUGGUGAAAAUGUCAAAUAUGAUUUAAUGUGUGUAAGUUGCAGGUGGUUGUGUUGUCGUAUUGUACAGCUGAACUUAGUCUCUGGGUGACAUCUCGUGGACGCAAAACUAAAGAAUGUUUCAAUAGGAAAUAAAUAUGAAAUCAGAACUCCGUGAGGUUUUCGGUGGAGUGACAAUUUUCAGACAGGUUAAUAUAAACGAGCGUUGUACUAGUUUAUAUUGCUGUUCUGGUAGUUGAGAUUAUGGAAAUUAAGUAUUCUAUGUAUUUUUUGUUGGCCCAAUGGGUAAAAACGUCCAGUUAUUUGUGUGUUUUGUCACCUCACGCGAGAGCAUCAAAAGAUUCAUUGGCUAGCUUUGGCAGGGCGCGGGUAUGUUGUAAGUUCAAAUGGUAACAGAAUCUCUAAUACUGAAUGUUCAACAUGUGAGAAAUGUUCACCUAACUAUUUAAAGUCAUCCGUGUGAAACUAUAUGUGACAGCAGAGUCAAGAACUAUCUGAGGUGACAUAGCCUACUGAUAUCUUGCUUAGGAAAAUUAGAAAAUUCUGUCGAAAAUAUUUAUAGGCUAAAUGAAACUUAAUUUAAUUACUGUUUUUUGUGUUUGUUAAAUCCAAAUUGUCUAUUAUUCCAGUCAUUCCUUAAAAGUAAAAUGUCUCUGUCCACAAUACGGCAAUAAAAUAUUUUUUCUCUUGAAUCAUAAACAAAAGGACGUUAAAUACAGAGUAAUAAUUAUUUUUAAGGUUAAAAGUUCUGUGUAAAUGCCCACCUCUCUAAGACAACGUACUGACCUGACAGUCAAUUUUAACUGAAAAUUUAAAGAAGUUCCGAUAUGCAAAAUUGGAAUGAGAUAAAAAAAAAGUAGCUGUUUUUCCUGACAAAUCAACUGCACGUGGAUUCAUUUUUUUUUUCAAACGAUAUACUUUUAUCGUUUGUCGCCAUCUACUGGGGAGAAAAAGAGAUUUUGAAAAAAUGGCUUGUGCAGCCGACAGCUGCAUCCAAUUCACGCGUCAUGCAAGUGAUGUUCUGCUCAACUUAAACCGACUGCGAAGCAGAGAUAUCCUCACAGAUGUCACAAUCCUGGUCAACAGACAGCAGUUUCGAGCACACAAAACUGUCCUUAUGGCAUGCAGCGGCCUCUUCUACUCAAUCUUUACCGACUCGCACAAAUGUAAUCUGAACGCCAUCAGUUUGGACCCAAAAGUUGAUCCAGAAGGUUUUGCAAUUCUUCUGGAGUUUAUGUACACUUCACGUCUUGCACUGAAGGAGAGCCUGAUUAUGACCAUCAUGAACACAGCCAUCUAUUUGCAGAUGGAUCAUGUUGUCGACACCUGCCACAGAUUCAUAAAGUCAAGUGACUCCUCCAUCAAAUUGCCCAGAGAGGAUUUUCUGGUCAGCCCUCUGAUUUUACCUCAUGAUGUUCACAGUUAUAGACCCCAUGAGGUGGUGGAUAACAUGUCAGGACGGGGAGCAACGUUCAGAGAUGGGAGACCCUAUGGUGUUUGCAUGUUUAAUGGCGUCAACGCUCCUAACAGCUCAUACCUUUAUGGCCAGUUUCCCAUGCAAGGCUUCCCCUUUCCACUUUGCAAGCUGUCGGAUUCCAAAAGCACUUUCUCUGACUUUUCAAAAGGAGGCACGAUCCAUCACAAACACUGCUCACCAGCUGACACCAACAACACUGUGCUGCCUGACUUCACCCGCGGCACCACCAUUGGAAGUUCAAAUGCUUGCCACGCUGGCUCGUUCUCCUCGAGGGAACUGGGAAGAGAUGAGGAAAUGAAGAGGGAGACGUUGGAGGGAGUGGUCCAGUCGAUCGGGAUAAGCACCAGAAAGCAUGGCUUUACCAGCCUGGCCCGAGAGCAGCAAAGGGAGACUGGAAAAGAACAGAGUUCCCUUGCAGAGGAACAUCUGAGCCACCAGCACUACACUAUUGGCAUAUCUACCAAUGGGCGCAAAGCCCUGAUGAGCAGUCCCCAAAGCCCCCUAAAAUCAGACUGCCAACCGAAUUCUCCGACAGAGUCGAGCAGCAGCAAAAACGCUGCCCUCGCACAGGCCUCACAACCUUUGACCUGCCAAGGUACGCAAGACCCUAAAGCUCGCAAUUGGAAGAAAUACAAGUUCAUUGUGCUCAAUCAGAGCUCCAAGGAGGAUGACACUAGUCCUCGUGAUGCUGGAAUGCACUCCCCACAGAGGCCAGGCUUGUCUGCUUUCCUUCACCACACCGAUUCUGAGCAUCCAGACUCAAAGACAACAACGAAGAUCAGUGAGCAAGGCGAGGAAUUUACCGUUCCUCAGGCCAGUCGCCUAAACAACAUCAUAAACAGCAGAACUCUGGAGGCAUCACAAAGGAACGGCGACAACCACUCCUCUCUGUAUAUGAGCCACUUAAAAUGUUCAUCCUGCGGUUCUCAGUCUCCACAGCACUCUGAUGUCUGUCCCAACACAUCUGCCUCGCGUCUGGCCGAGGAGAUGUCAGAGAUACACUCCGAGUACUCCGACUCCAGCUGUGAAAACGGAACAUACUUCUGUAAUGAAUGCGACUCAAAGUUUGCAGAGGAAGAAGCCUUGAAACGACACACGCUACAGGUUCACAGCGACAAGCCAUACAAAUGUGACCGCUGCCAGGCGGCAUUCCGCUACAAGGGCAACCUCGCCAGUCACAAAACCGUGCACACCGGAGAGAAACCGUAUAGAUGCAAUAUCUGUGGGGCUCAGUUCAACAGACCAGCUAACCUCAAAACCCACACACGAAUUCACUCAGGAGAAAAACCAUACAAGUGCGAGACAUGCGGAGCUAGAUUUGUGCAGGUUGCUCACCUUCGUGCUCAUGUUCUGAUUCAUACCGGAGAGAAGCCAUAUCCGUGUGAAAUCUGCGGCACUCGUUUUCGCCACCUGCAGACGUUGAAGAGUCACCUGCGAAUACACACAGGAGAAAAGCCCUAUCAUUGUGAGAAAUGCAACUUACAUUUUCGUCACAAGAGUCAGCUACGGCUACACCUCCGUCAGAAGCACGGAGCGAUCACAAACACCAAGAUCCAAUAUCGCAUGUCCUCUACAGACCUACCUACCGACCUGACGAAGGCAUGCUAAGCUAGCACUUAUGGGGCAGACCUGACCAUGGCAUUAUAUGACCCUGACUUGUACAAUCAUUCAAAUUUUUAGUGCCACACUGUGUUAAUCGGACAAGACAAAAAAAAAACAUGGCAGAAAAUGCCGUUCUAAACGGGUUUCCUCUACAUUUGAACAUAGAACCACGGAUGGUUUCUUGUAGUCACUUUAUUGUUUAUAUUAACAUAAAAAUAUAUAUAUUAAUGUUGGGAGUGUUUUUACAUUUUGAGUUAUAAAAAGCUUUAUUUUGUUGGAAGAAGGAACGGAAUGUAAAACAUUUCAAUCUGGUUUUUAGAAAAUACAGUAUUUUAUAACGACAACAAAAAACUUUUCUGAAGGUAUUUGGGGAUUUUGAUUCAAUGUUGGAAUAUUUUAAAUCAAACACAUUUCUGGCAAAGCAAAGAAUUAUGUCUAUAGAUUUUUAUAUAGAUUAAUGUACAGGUUACACUAUGUUGGAAUGACCUCUGUCUUGUACGAGGAACUCCGAACUGUGACUAUAGCAUUGAAUAUUUUACUUGGUUUCAUUGUGUACUUAUGAGAAUGAUGGCUGCUCUCUCAAAUGGAAAACGUGCAUGAGAUGGGUUGCCGCUAAUAAAACUAAAUUAUGUAGGCAACUGCAUAAAUAAUGUGACAAAGCGUAAUUACUUUACAUCAAGAUUGCUCUCUGCUGGCAGAGCCGAUCUGGAAUUACAUGUUAACGUAUGCAUUCAAAAGUAGUAAUAAUUAUAACAAAAAAGAAGGUACUGCUAUGUUAUGACCAAGGAGAUAUUUUGCUUCAGAUGUAUUUGUAUAGAAACGUGACCUUUUAAUUUUUUUGGCAAGUGAAGGUUUACAGUUUUGUCGUUGUUCUAGAAGCUACAGUAAAGGUUAUAUUGUUGUCCUUUAUUUCCUUUUUGUCUGUGUAUACACUGUGUACUCAAGGUGCCUUUCUCAACGGUGUCUGAAUUUCUUUUCAUUCAGCCCAGAUCUACUAAGGUACAACUGAAGGGCAAAGCUUGUCCUCCUUUCCCCCCAUUUUUGAGUGUGUAGUGUGAGAAUGUGUUUGUACGACAGAAGGACGGUGUGACUGAGUGUUGUGCAUGUGUGCUUUAUAAAUGCUUCUGACACACUUUAAGAAAAAAAUGCGACGCAUUGCGUGAGCUAUACAUCUUCAGGACUUGUUUUGGGGUUGGGCUUUUUUAAAAAAUGCAUUAAGCUUAUUGUAAAAUAUAGAUGUAUGAAUGUAAAAUAAAAGUAUUGGAUUUCUAUGUCUCA